GCAGUCAUGGGCGCGGUGGAAGCCUAGCACUUACUCAGCAUUCCGAGCAGGAGGUGCACUUAGGGAACCGGUAGAGUUGUUUCUCCUCCUGGCACCUGUACCUGAAAGCUCUGCUCUGCUGGGUAUUUGCUGAGCAUUAACUCAGAUCCAUCAGUUAGAACCAGAAUGGAUCUACAUCUGAGCUGCUGAUGCUGAGGCCUGGGGUGGACAGAGGUGGGGGUCAGAACCUAGUGGCUGGGGGGUCUAGGUACCUAAAGAGCCUGUACAUGUCUCCAAUCCCAGCACUGCAAGGCAGGAGAAUCACGGUCUGAGGGGUUAAACAUCUUGGUACACACAUAAAUAGGCAUGUGAAUAAAUGUACAUAAAAGAUGAAACUUUCUUAUUGGGUUUACAUGAGCCCAGCAAACUAGGUUGUUUUGAGACAGUUUUUCUAUGUAGUCUUGGCUGUCCUGGAACUCACUCUGUUCACCAGGAAUCCACCUGCUUCUGCCUCUGCCUCUGCCUCUGCCUCUGCCUCCCAAAUGCUGCAGCUGAAAGCUGGUUCACCAUCACCCAAAGUAGCAUAAGUUCCUUUCCCAAAGAUCCUCAAAGAUCACAAGGAGAUUCAUACACAGAUAGGAGUGGCAGUAGACAAAAGAACAGCUUGCUCUCCUUGCCCACUGAGCUAGCUGUUGGGACUAGCUCACCUUUUCCUUUCUGUCUGUCUGUCUGAUUCUCUACCACCUUCUUAGAGGCAGGCUCUGUACAUAGCUCUGGCUACUCACUCUGUCUUAAGGAGUGGCUUUUUCUCUCUUUCUUUUGUGAUACAGUUCGGCUGGCCUCAGGCUUCUGAUGUCCCUGCCUCCAAGUCUCAAGUUCUUGGAUUACUUAUAGGUUUGUGCCUCCUAGUUCAUUGAUGGGGAUAGAACCCAUGUUCUCUCCCCAUGUUAGAUACACUACCAAAGGAGCUACAUCCUGGCCUCUAGCCUUUUCUUGGCUGCAAAGGGACUAUCCUGUACCCCUCCGCUUGGAGACUUAAAGAGUGAAGAGUAGGAAGCAUUGAGGUGCCCUAUGGCUGGGGAGUAUGGGUUUCUCCAUUUUCCUGGGCCACAAGCUGACCCUACACUCAUUACUUAAGCAACCAAACCUUCCAGAGUGUACAUUGUAUCUGGGAUGAUUAGCAUCUCCAAGCCAUCUCCCUGUAUUUGGUAUUAUCAGGGUGCUAGGAUGUGUCAUCUUGCCAGAAGCAUCCUUGGAGCAAAAUUAGGCCUGCAGGCUGCAGCAUCUAGCAGGAUCUUCUGAGUCCUCUUGCCACAUGAACUAUCCUUGGGUCUGAGGGCCUUUCUGAAGUGUUUGCUCUAUGAAGCUCUUGCCAGUUCUGCCCUGUGAGGCAACAGAAACCUGAGGCCUGGGGUCCUGGCCCCAGCAGUACUAUAAUGAACUUACACAUGCUAGGGCUUCAUCCUCUCCACACUAAGGUCCUUCCAACUUCAUCUUUAGCACCUCAAACUCAGUAGCUCCUAUUCUACUUCCUGUAUGCCAGGCCCUGAGUCUAUCUUGUCCUGCCAACAGUUCUGGGGAGGCUGCAGCAGAGGCUCCCUAACUGCAGAACUUGGACUCUGUAGGCUCGGCUGGGAGAGGAGGUCUCUUCCAUCCAAUUCCCACAUCUCACACCAGAACAGAAGACUCUGCCCUGCCACCUAGCAGCUGUGUGCCCUAGUGGGGAGGGGUCCCUAACCUCUCUGAACUACAAUUUCCCCAUGCUCUGACAAGUUGUGAAGAAUAAAUGCUAUUAGCUUUGCUGGUGUAUGACUGUAAUCUCAUCUAUCAAUAGGCAGUUGAAAUGCAAGUUCAAGGCCAGCCUGUACCAGAGAACCAGUUCAAGACCUGCCUGGGCAAUUCAAGAGACCUUGUCUCAAAAAUACAAAAACAACCAGCAGUGGGCACACACCAGUCCCAGCACUGUCGAGGCAGCUGGAAGCAGAUCUCUGAGAUCAGAGCCAGUCUGGUCUAUAGAGUUCCAAUACAGCCAGGGCUACACAGAGAAACUUGUCUCAAAAACACAAAGAAAAGUACAAAAGCAGUCGAGGAUAUAGGUUAGUGGCAAGCACUCGUCUAGCAUGCUUGAGACUGUGGAUUGAAUCCUACGAAUCUCAAAAAUAAUUAAAAUAAUAAGGCUGAUGAUGGUGAUCUGCUACUCAGGAAACUGAGGCUGAAAGAGUUCACGUUCUCAAGUAGGACAGUAGUUAAGGGCACUUGCGGUUCCCAGUGAGUGGUUCCCGGCAUCAGUGUUGCACGUUAACUCCAGAGGAUCCAACGUCUUCUGGCCUUCACAGACACCGCAUGUACGUGCUGCACAAACACAAAUGGGCAGCACACACACAUGAAAUAAAAAUAUAUUGGGGCUGGGGAUUUAGCUCAGUGGUAGAGCGCUUACCUAGGAAGCGCAAGGCCCUGGGUUCGGUCCCCAGCUCCGAAAAAAAAGAACCAAAAAAAAAAAAAAAAAAAAAAAAAUAUAUAUAUAUAUAUAUAUAUAUAUAUAUAUUGGGGCUGGAGAGAUGGCUCAGCAGUUCAGAGCACUGCUUGUUCUUCCAGAGGUUCAGUUCUCAUUUGCUCCCAGAUGAUGGCUCACAACCAUCUGUAAUGGGAUCUGAUGCCCUCUUUUGUUGUGUCUGAAGACAGCUACAGUGUACAUAAAUAAAUAAAUAAAUAAAUAAAUAAAUAAAUAAAUAAAUAAAUCUUUAAGAAACAUUAAAAAAAAAACCUUCAGGCAUGGCAUGGUAGCACAUACCUUUAAUCCCAACACUCUUGAGGCAGAGGCAGGUGGAUUUCGGUGAGUUCAAGGCCAGCCUGAUCUACAAACUAUUCCCAGCCAGGGCUCCACUGCUAGACUCUAGUUCAAACAAGUUUUGAGGCUGUAGCCCUCAAAUGCACAGGCCCUGGGUUUAAUCCCCAGAACCUACGGUGAUGCAUGCCUGUAAUCCCAGCGUUAGGGAGGUAGAGACAAGAGGAUCAGAAGCUCAAGGUCGUCCUCAGUUACUGAGCACGUUUGGGGCCAGCAUAGGAUAAAUGAGACCCUGCUUCAAAAUAAAUAGUUUUUCUCCACAAAGGAUCUUUAAUUUUUUAUUUUAUGUGCCUCGAUCAUCAUAUCUCCAAUUCUGUCCCCUCUACCCUUCCCCCAGUGGCCAACAUAGCCACCACCUCUCUUCAUGCCCUUUCUCAGUUUUUGCUUUUGUUUGUGUUUGCAACUCACUAAAUCUAAUUAGUGCUGUGUGUUGGAAUGUUGACUGAUCUUUCUGGCUUUGCUCUUGCUCAGAAUCCAUGCGGCGAACCACAGGGGCCAUUAGUUCGAGAGCACAGUGACUGCAGUGUCUAGAAAGUGGUGUUUUACAGCACUCCUCCCGUCCUCCAGGUCCUACACGCUUUCUGCCCCACCCUCUGUAUUAUUCCUGAGCCUUUAGGGAAAGGGAUUGACACAGACAUCCCACGCAGGCCAAGCACUCAAGAGUCACUUACUCAGCAUUCUGGCCGGUCAUGAGUCUCUCCGCUAUCUACUGGCCACGGCGAGAGCAGUCUCUCUGGCCACUAAUAUGUAUAAAGAUAAAUAACUAGAAGGCAGUUUGACGUGAUCAUUUAGCAAGGCGGUAGCAAUAGGAUGCCCUGAGGUCCCAUGAUCUCCGCGCCUUGGCUGUUAACCAGUUUAUAGUACCAGGCAAGGAUUCCCUCCUGAGGAGUAGGCCUUAAAUUCAACAGGAAAGUGUUUGCUUUCUGUGCUGCUGUUUUACACGCUGGCCAUGGCAUGGGCGAGACCACUGAUAGCUUCUCUUUCCCAACCCCUCAGGAAGAACCUUUUGUCUCUGCGAAAGCUGGGCAGCAGAGAGGACGCUUUCAGCCCAGUUCCAGCUUGAUUUCUCUGUGCUCUGCAAUGAAGGUGUGUGGUGUCCUCAGCAGUAGAGCUUUACCAGUUAGUUGUGGUGAACAAGAGCAGUGGCCAUGUGUCCUGUCACUUGUUUUUUAAGUGAAGUCACAGCCUUGGUUGUUUUUCUUGCUAGGGUGAGGUUAGGGGUACAAAUCAUCAGUGUGUGUGUGUGUGUGUGUGUGUGUGUGUGUGUGUGUGUGUGGCCAGCAGGUUUGAGAUCAAGGGCACCAUGCCCCAGCACAAGCAUGCCUCCAGUGAUGGGCCUCUUCAAUGGAGGGGCAGCAUCCAUGGCAGACACAGGGAACCCUGUCCUGAGUCCUCUGAGCGAGGCCGCCAACAUGACUUCUGCUUCUGUGCCCUGGGCAAAACUCAACGCCUAGGGCCAUCUUUCCAUCUGUAAAAUGGGUCAAGAUGGACCAGGUGAGCACUGCUUGCUCACUCCCAACAGACCUGUGGGCUCCAUGUGGCUAGCAAUAACGAAAUACUUCCUUGAAAUACUGUCCCUGGUUCUAGCGCUUGAGGGACAACCUCCAGUCGACCAUCGUGGCUCAGAGAUAGAAUGAGAUGAGCAAAGCAAGACAGUGGAAACAUCCAGAAAAAGUGAUAAUCCAGCCUGGGUAGGCUGGCCACAAACACCUUCCGGGAAGGAGAGCACUAGGAGUCCUGGGAAAUCUUCGAAUACUAACGGUGGAAAAAGACAGGGCAAUAAAACGACAUAUAUGGGAGUGGGGUGAGAUGGAGACUUAGGUGGAGCAUGAUUUGGGUUUUCCUCUUCAGAGAUUCAACCUCCACCCUGCUUCAGUCCAGUAUGGAUGGUUUGACGACUCACACAUGCCUCGGGGGUCUCGAGGUGAUGGCUGUAGCUCCGCAGCCUCCUCUGCUCCACUACCGGCAGGUGGCUGGAAACCUCCCGCGACCUGACUUUUGCUGCGGGGCGGGGCGGACGCCUCGGGCUCCGGGCCCGCAGUGUAGCCGCAGCGCCGGCCCCGCCCCCGCCCGCUCCGCCCUGCAGGCCGGCCGCAACCGGGCGCGGAUCCCGCCCGCCCGCCCGCCCGCCCGCCUGCCGGCCGAGCCAGGUGAGCGCGCCUGGCCCUGUCCCGCACGCGCCCUGCGCCCCGGGCCAGCGCGCUCGCGGAUCUCUACCCUGGUGGCCGAGUGGGGCACUCAGGAGGCUGCAGCGACCCCGGUCCUUGCUGCUGCUCCCCAGCACCCCUUUCGGCUCCCUGGAGCCUUCCCUACCUUGUGCUGGUCCUUUGGUUGACUGCUGCGUUUAGCGAGGGAGCCGCAAAGACGCCGGUAAGGGUACUGGAAAAGGCUUCCCAGCCCGAGGAAACUGCACGUGCCAAGGCAGGGAGAGUGGACAGGAGGUUGGCGUUGGGGUCCCCGAAAGGUAAAUCACAAGCUGAGGAGCUCCGAGGCAGCGCUCUCCAGGGCCCCUGACGCCACUGAGGGCCUAGGAUAAGCUGGGUUGGGGGAGGGUUGGGGAGGGGGCCGAUCUCUCACUCAACACACACCAGGAGCGAAGAGUGGGACUUGGAUUGGAAAAAGAAACAAGCUUCCAGCUGACUUGCACCCCCGGCCGGGUCCUGGAGUCCUGCGGGAUCCCGUGGAACCUUUGUGAGGUGGGGGUAACUCAGAACCUGUUUCAGGUUGCUGGAGUUCCUGGGACAUGGACGCAAACUCCUCUUGUGGAGUGUGCAGCAGGGCAAUGUUAUAACUUUUCUCGGCAGACGUCUCUCCUCGCAGGCCCAAGAAACUUGUCUUUGAGUUGGAACCACUGGCUCUAAACUGGCCUAGCACAUCAUCAUAGGUGGAAGGCAUGGUCCCCACCACAUCUCCCGCUAGGCCCAAGGAAUAAACUCCUGAACACCCGGAAAGGGAGGGACCCCAGAUCGAAAAGCCAGUCUGUUUGUAGGGUCUCAGUCCCAACAGGUGAGGCCUGAAACCAGGCCGGAAGCAGGUGGGCAGCCCUGAGACAUGGGUGAAACCAGGACUUCUGAAAGGGUUCCCGGGAAGGGAGCUAGAGGGGCAGUUAGCAACUGAGUUUUAUAGACAUGCCCUGGUGACAAGGGGGGCUUUGGGUUCCUCCUCCAUUGGAGUUUGCAUCAAAGGUCAGGAGCCGGCAGUGGCUGGUCCUUUCCCAUUCUGCUCUUCCACGGGCUCUUUCCUGGGGUCUGGACAAACCGAAUGAUUCCCAGCACCAGUUCAGUAUAAACUUCAGGGAGAGUUUCCUGGUGAACCAGGCCUGCUGUUGGGUAGAAUUCGGACAGAUUACUUGUAAACAGGGCAGUUACACCUUUGUCCUGACCCUUCCAAAGUCCACAUAUUCUAGAAGGCCCACCUAUGGCCACAAGGACACAAUGGCUGUAGUGAUCUGUUUACCAGGUAGUCUUGCCUGCCGGUUUGGAGCCUCAGAGUGAUCUGGGGACCUCCCAGGGCCUUACUUAUCUUCGGAUUUAUUAGGGUGAGGAGUGGGGGAGACCACACAGAUGCCCCUAACUGCUGCUUGACCUUAAAGAAACCUUGGCCCCCAGUCCUAUCUUCUGUGGGGCGUGACCUCGGCACUGCACAGCCAGCCUGAGGGGUGGGGGAACUUAUGGCUGCUGGGCAUGGGGCAGAGGCAGAGCUGUGCGGUUGGGUUGGUUUCCCUCUUUCCUCAACCCCAUCAAUCCUGGGCUGGCUGCCCGCUCUUUUCCCCACAGAGCUGGGUUUCCCUGGGGACCAGUGGCUUGGCCUAGCCUCACACCCACAGCCCCCUCCUGGCCACAACUCACGCUAGAAGGAGGGCUGGACCCUCCUGGACCCUGGCCCUCCCUGCCCUGCUGACCAAGGUCCAGUAGUCUCUCUCCAUUGCUGGGCUGGGAGCAAGGAGCAGUGACUCUCACGGAAGGAGGUUCUAAAGCUGUCUAGCUGGCAUGGCAGCUCCAGCGUCUCUGAGCGCCACAGGGGGUCCAGUCCUACAGGGCUCAUCCUAGACCUCGGACAGCUGGACAGCCUGCCAUCCGUGCUCCCACCAGCCGGGCUAGAUCCAGGCCAUUCAACCAUGGGCGGCUGCUUCUCCAAGCCCAAGCCAGUGGAGCUCAAGAUCGAAGUGGUGCUGCCAGAGAAAGAGCGGGGCAAGGAAGAGCUGUCAGCCAGCGGAAAGGGCAGCCCCCGGGGUUACCAGGGCAAUGGCACAGCACGUCACUUCCAUGCUGAAGAGCGUCUGCCCACUCCACAGCCCUACCCCAGCCCUCAGGACUGUGUGGAGGCUACCGUCUGCCAUGUCAAGGACCUGGAGAAUGGCCAGAUGCGGGAAGUGGAGUUGGGCUGGGGAAAGGUGUUGCUGGUGAAGGAUAAUGGGGAAUUCCACGCCCUGGGCCAUAAGUGUCCUCACUACGGAGCACCCCUGGUGAAAGGUGUGCUGUCCCGGGGACGUGUGCGCUGCCCCUGGCAUGGUGCCUGCUUCAAUAUUGGAACUGGGGACCUAGAGGACUUCCCAGGCCUGGACAGUCUGCAUAAGUUCCAGGUGAAGAUUGAGAAGGAGAAGGUGACCGUUCGGGCAAGCAAGCAGGCCCUGCAGCUGCAGCGGAGGACAAAGGUGAUGGCCAAGUGCAUCUCUCCAAGUGCUGGCCACAGCAGCACCAAUGUGCUCAUAGUGGGCGCAGGUGCUGCUGGCCUAGUGUGCGCAGAGACACUGAGGCAGGAGGGCUUCUCAGACCGCAUUGUCCUUUGCACACUGGAUCGACAUCUGCCUUAUGAUCGGGCCAAGCUCAGCAAGUCCCUGGAUGCACAACCUGAACAGCUGGCCCUGAGACCCAAGGAAUUCUUCCGGGCCUAUGGCAUCGAGAUGCUCACUGAAGCUCAGGUGGUCACAGUGGACGUGAGAAAUAAGAAGGUUGUGUUCAAGGACGGCUUCAAGCUAGAGUACAGCAAGCUGCUGCUGGCACCAGGAAGUAGCCCUAAGACCCUGACCUGCAAAGGGAAAGACAUAGAGAAUGUGUUCACCAUCCGCACGCCUGAGGAUGCCAACCGCGUGCUGCGGCUGGCCCGGGGCCGAAAUGCUGUUGUUGUGGGAGCAGGCUUUCUGGGGAUGGAGGUCGCUGCUUAUCUGACUGAAAAAGCCCACUCAGUAUCUGUGGUAGAGCUGGAGGAGACGCCCUUCCGCAGGUUCCUGGGGGAGCGUGUUGGUCGUGCCCUUAUGAAGAUGUUUGAAAACAACCGGGUGAAGUUCUAUAUGCAGACAGAGGUGUCAGAGCUGCGGGCUCAAGAGGGCAAGCUGCAGGAGGUGGUGCUGAAGAGCAGCAAAGUUCUGCGGGCAGACGUCUGCGUGGUAGGCAUCGGUGCGGUGCCUGCCACAGGCUUCCUGAGGCAGAGUGGCAUUGGUCUGGAUUCCCGAGGUUUCAUCCCAGUCAACAAGAUGAUGCAGACCAACAUCCCAGGAGUGUUUGCUGCAGGUGAUGCUGUCACCUUUCCUCUUGCCUGGAGGAACAAUCGGAAAGUGAACAUCCCACACUGGCAGAUGGCUCAUGCCCAGGGUCGGGUAGCAGCUCAGAACAUGCUGGCACAGGAGGCAGAGAUCAACACGGUACCUUAUCUGUGGACUGCCAUGUUCGGCAAGAGCCUGCGCUAUGCUGGCUACGGAGAAGGCUUCGAUGAUGUCAUCAUUCAGGGGGAUCUGGAGGAGCUGAAGUUUGUGGCUUUUUAUACCAAAGGUGACGAAGUGAUUGCUGUGGCCAGCAUGAACUACGACCCCAUCGUAUCCAAGGUGGCCGAGGUGCUGGCCUCAGGUCGAGCCAUCCGGAAGCGGGAGGUGGAGUUGUUUAUGCUGCACAGCAAGUACGUGCAUUCUUUGUUGACUGUCCUGUGCCUUUCUUCCCCAGCCCAAUGACUGCACCCUCCCACCUUGCCCAAGUCCACUACCUAGGGGGCACCGGGCUUUGACACAGAUCAGUCCCUGUAUUCAAGAGUCAUAGCUGGUGGUGCCUAGAGUAGGAACCUAUCCUCUUCUGCCCUGACCCAUCCUCCUCUCAUUCCUGCAGGACCGGUGACAUGUCUUGGCUCACAGGGAAAGGAUCCUGAGCUCUCUCUCUCUCUCAUGUGGUGGACUUAGGCAGGCCUCUGGGACACCAAGGUCAGAGACUAAGUCCCGGGGCAAGUGCCAAUCUCCAAUAUCCCAGGAUCCCCCAAGGUGGAAUCUGAGUCUUCCAAGGCUUGCCUUCAACUGUCUGCCUCACCUCCAGAGAGGCUACUACUGCCUCCAGAAGAUGAUCCGUUCCGAAGGCCUCAGCUGUCACUGACAGCUGGUUUUAGAGGCAGGACAGGCUCUGUCUCUGCUUCCUCUGUUAGGACUGUUUUCCCAGCAAGCCCCUUCAACAUUACCUUAAAAUUAAAACACAUAUAUCAGCA